GCCGGCGCAGCAAAGACAGCAAAGAGAUCCAGGUCUUCGAGAAAAGGCAAAAGGCCGUUAUCUUCAUGUGCUGUUCCCGCUCCAAAACAACCGAAACUGUUGAAAGAGGAAGGUAAAGUUCGUUUCUGGGUUAUUUAGAGGAGGGUUAGGAUGGUCUUGUGUCAUCGGUCUCGUUUUUCUAAAAUGCGGCUUCACAAGUUGUAUAGCUUACGAAAUAAGAGUGUGAUAGUACUUCCCGCCGGCUCAACUUGGCUCAUCCCCAUUAUUCUCGCAGCCCUAUCGCCUAAACAGAAGCACUCCUGAAAUAAAGCGUUUCUCUGGGUUACUUUCCUCUGCUGCACAGGGCAGUGGCUUUAUUAUUGGGUCCCCUUUUUCUAGUUUGACAUCACGAGGCUAUAGUUUUGUGGACUCGGUUGCACUUGGAGGAAAUCGUGAGAUUGUCAUGUCCGACACAUUCUCCAAACUUUCAGCGUGCUUCGACUAUGAUAUGAGGUGCAAGUGGAACGAGGCCAAAUUAAGGCUGAGACCCUGGUUAUGCUUUUAUCACGUUACCCUCACUGUAAGAAACUAACUAUUUAGCGGUAGCCUCUAAUCCAUCAGAUCAGCUUCCCACGCAGACCUUCUCAGGGCUUCGUCACACCCUAGGAAAGUCUGCGUGAGAGGCUAGGCUGCUAAAAUCGAACCACAUUCCUUACCCUUUGUAUUUGCGGUGUAAUGAACAAAGCAAUCAUUGGUCAGAAAAUUCAAAAUGACCUUAUCUUAACUCUGUUUUGGAACGCAAAUGGUUCGUACCUUUUUUUGUAAGAAAUGAACCUUAGAAGAGAAAUGUUUUUUGAGAGAGUGUAUGUCACACAGUUUUCACAGUCUUAAAAAUGUAAGCGUUGAUAUUAUUUUCUUUUUCGCCAAAUGUUACCAUUGUCUCGGUGAAGCUUAUUGUGUCACCGAAGGUGUUUUAAUUUAUGUCAUCGAAACUAUUUACUUGUCUAGACAGUAACAUACUUACCUGUAAACUAGUUAUAGCUAUCGCUAAGUGCCAACGAGCAAAGAUUUUACCUAUACGUGAGCGCUGUUGAAUUUGUUUAGAAAUGUCGUGAAACGCUUAACUCGAUUACAUUGAAAAUAGUGCAAACUUAAAGCAAGGGUUACACAUACACCAACCCACGGCCGGUCCAAUACCUCACGUAUGCGCACAGCCAUAUCACGCGGGCAGUGGCAGCCACAGGCAGCUGUUUCGCCCUUAUUGGGACCCACCAGUGCGGCAAAGCCGUUGGUUAAUGAACGGGGAAAACCCGCAUCUCAAAAACCUCUCAAAGAUGAGUGCAAAGCAGUCUGUCAAGCACCAGCUCCACACGGUACAUAUGGGAGCUGUUGGCUAGCAACCGCACAGCAGUUCUACCACGACAUGGGCGGGGAAGGGGGAUCACGAGUAAAGCAAGGGGGACACAUACACCAACCCACGGCCUGGCCAUUACCUCACGCAUGCGCACAGCCAUACCACACGGGCAGUGGCAGCCAUGGACAGCUGUUUCGCUCUUACUAA